GCGGCUCUGGGAUUGGCGGGCGCUCCGCGGUUCUCGCAGCUCUUCAGCGGAGCUGGGAAGAGCCGCGCGUCUGCGCACCAGCCCCCGCCCGGGGCCCGCCGCCCGCGCUCUCUCGCGCAGCGCUAGCUUCCCCGCGCUCCGCAGUCCAGCACCGACACCCCUGGGCAUGAGCGCCCCCUCGACGCUGCCCCCUGGGGGCGAGGAAGGGCUGGACACUGCCUGGCCCCCCGCAGCCAACGCCAGCAGCGCCCCGGCGGAGGAGGAAGAGGUGGUGGCGGGGCGCGGGGGCGCAGGGACGGCGGGCAUGGUUGCCAUCCAGUGCAUCUACGCGCUGGUUUGCCUGGUGGGGCUGGUGGGCAACGCCCUGGUCAUCUUCGUGAUCCUUCGCUACGCCAAGAUGAAGACGGCUACCAACAUCUACCUGCUCAACCUGGCGGUCGCCGACGAGCUCUUCAUGCUGAGCGUGCCCUUCGUGGCCUCGUCGGCCGCCCUGCGCCACUGGCCCUUCGGCUCCGUGCUGUGCCGCGCGGUGCUCAGCGUCGACGGCCUCAACAUGUUCACCAGCGUCUUCUGUCUCACGGUGCUCAGCGUGGACCGCUACGUAGCCGUGGUGCACCCUCUGCGCGCGGCGACCUAUCGGCGGCCCAGUGUGGCCAAGCUUAUCAACCUGGGCGUGUGGCUGGCUGCCCUGCUGGUCACUCUCCCCAUCGCCAUCUUCGCAGACACCAGACCAGCUCGCGGCGGCCAGGCCGUGGCCUGCAACCUGCACUGGCCACACCCGGCCUGGUCGGCAGUCUUCGUGGUCUACACUUUCCUGCUGGGCUUCCUGUUGCCCGUGCUGGCCAUCGGCCUGUGCUACCUGCUCAUCGUGGGCAAGAUGCGCGCCGUGGCCCUGCGCGCUGGCUGGCAGCAGCGCAGGCGCUCUGAGAAGAAGAUCACCAGGCUGGUGCUGAUGGUCGUGGCCGUCUUUGUGCUCUGUUGGAUGCCCUUCUAUGUGGUGCAGCUGCUGAACCUCUUCGUGACCAGCCUCGAUGCCACCGUCAACCACGUGUCCCUCAUCCUCAGCUAUGCCAACAGCUGCGCCAACCCCAUUCUCUACGGUUUCCUCUCCGACAACUUCCGCCGAUCCUUCCAGCGAGUUCUGUGCCUGCGCUGCUGCCUCCUGGAAGGAGCUGGCGGGGCUGAGGAGGAGCCCCUGGACUACUAUGCCACUGCUCUCAAGAGCAGAGGUGGGGCAGGGUGCAUGUGCCCCCCGCUUCCCUGCCAGCAGGAGCCCCUGCAACCAGAACCCAGCCGCAAGCGCAUUCCCUUCACCGGGACCACCACCUUCUGAAGAGUCCUCCCCCAACCCGCCCUGCAUGGCCACCUCUCAAGGGGCCGGCACCAUUCCUACAGCCCCGAAAACUGCAUCUCCUGGAUGCUCACCUAAGCUCCACCACCUGUUCCUUCCAGCAGCGCAUGUGCCGGCUGGGGAGUGUCAGAAGUCUGCUGCUGCUCUCCUCUCCCCAGCACUCUGGCUUUCAGAAGGAUGCUUUGGGUAGGACUCCUUGGGAACUGGGCUAGGAUAUUAAUAAUUCCUGAACCUCUGGCUGUUCUUCAAGGGCUGGGAAGCAGGAGGUGGUGAGAAAUGAAUGGCCCCUGUGUGUGACUCGUCACAGCCGCUGCUUUGGAGAGAACUUAAGAGGGUGAAGGCAGGUAGCACCCUUCCUCGCUGCAGACGCUCUGCCUUGUGGUGGGAGAACAGCUUGCACAGAAAAGAGGAGGAGGAAGAUGCCCGCAAGUACCUGUCCUCUGUGUCUCUUCCUGGGCUCUUGUUGCUACGUGAGACUUAUGUCAACAGAGUGGGACACUUGCUUCUCUUCCCCCUCACUCCCCACCUGGGGAAAAUACCUGCUUGCUGUCCCAAGUGCCUCCCUGGGGUGUCCUGGGCUGGGAGCAGUCUACCUGUGAGUAGAAAAGGUUUGGAGAGGCAUGGCAUGGGGUUUAUUGCAAGGCAUAAAACCAGGUCAGUAAUAACAAAGCAGAGAAGAUAAAAACCUCGUUUAGCUUCUAUGAUGUAAUUUUUGUCCCUGAUCCUUUGAUGUGGGAAAAUGAGAACUCAUUAAGGCAGCAAUUUAUACUGUGGUGGUGAGUGGGAGGGGAGCCAUGGGCGGGGAAAGAGCAGAGAGCAGCGAGGGAUGGGAACCAGCCCAGGUUUUACACAGAGGAGGCAGCGUCAUCACCCACUAUUUUAGAAUGUCAUCGUUCAGUAAAACAUCAGCCACAUUAGAUAUUAACGCGUAAGUUGAACACAAUAAGAGGCUGUAACUUUGUUGACUGAUGUGUUAACCAAAGGAUAAAUCAUCUUUCCCAAGAGGAAAGAGCAUAAGA